CGAGUUCAAACUAAACCGUCCGAACUAUUUACUAUUUAUUUUAAAGACCAGCUUCUGCAAAAGUAGCACUUCCAGUCCCAACUCUGACCUCCGGUUGGCUAUCAUGAGAGAUACUAACCGCAUCCGGAGGCGGAUCCUAAUCCAAACCAAUGAGAGAGCAGAGAUCUUCAAGCGAGAAGAGGAAGAAAUCAUUCUGAAACUUGCUCGCCUUGCUGGUGAGGUUCACAAGGAAGAACUGACGGUCCAUUGAAAGCAUUGCCAGUUUAUAUUCCAUACACUGGGAAUUGUUGUUCAUUAAGAUGGCAUACAUGACUGUGGAGGAGAAAACAGAUUCAAUCCUGCACCUUACGAGGUCACCUGGUAUUAGAUCAUGGUCUGUGUUAGUUGGAAUUGGUUCUAUUGGGUUAGCUGCUGCCUACUACAGUAUGGAUAAUUGGGCAUGGAAAUUAUUCUAUGUUGCAGGAUGCAGUUUUGUAGCCAUACAAAACUUGGAAGACUGGGAGGAAGUUGUGUUUGACAAGAUUAAAGGAACUGCAAUUCUUAAGAAUUUUAACCUUUAUACGAGGAUACUGACCAUGUGGUCUAACAGCCAGGAACAAGUUGUGAUGCAGAUUCAGCAUAUUCAUGACGUGACUGUGGAGGAGGAGAGAAUACGAUAUCUGGGCAAAGGUUAUGUUGUUGUACUGAGAUUUUCAGCUGGGUUUUCACAUCCACUUACCCAAAGCGCAGUGCUGGGUAAUCAAAGUGAUGUGAAGGCCAUAGCGGAACUUAUAAUCAACUUUCUGAAUCUUAACAAACCUGACUUUGAUGAGAAAGCAGAAUUGUCUGCAGACAGCAGUGAAAGUACUGGUAGUGACAAUGAAAAAAACUGAUGAUUAAUGGCAGAAAGCGGUUCACAGACAUUUUGAACACAACUAAAGUAAACCAAAGGCUUUUAGCGUCUGACAAUAUUGUGGAACAUUAAAAGAUCAUCUAUAAACACACCACUUAUGAAAGUAUAGUGAUCAAUCAGUGUCCAACACUUAACAAAGAAGCAAACUUCUUCCCCAGUGCAAUGAACUAUACUUUUCACAUUCCAUCAAUGCUAACAUUGACUGCUUGCUUUAAAUAAGUGUACAAUAAAUUGUACAAACUGUCAAAAAUAAUAUCCAUCCAGGAAAAUUGGAACGGAGAAAUUAGUUUUGUAUUUAUUUUAACUAUUCCAGUUUAAAAGAAGUGGUGCAUUGUGAAAGUAGUGCUCUUGCCUCUUAGCUCCAGAAGCCCACAUUCAAUCCUGAACUUUGGUGCUGUGCAUGUGGAUGCUGCUUGUUCUCCCUGUGGUAACUUGGGUUGCCCAUGGGUGCUCCAGUUUCCUUACAGAUCCUAAAAAUGUGUUUAUUGGUACAUUAAGUAGUUAUUGUAAAUUACCCUCAGUUCAGGUAGAUGGGAAGAGAAUAGAGCUGAUGGACAUGAGAGAGAAAGAAAAUAGUUUGCAGUGAAAUAAGUGGCAAAAUGGGCUUGAUGGGAUUAUUGAAAUAGCCAGCAUAGCCUUGAUAGGCCAAAUGGUCUCCUGCAUCAAAAGGAGAGAUAAUAUGAAAAUAUUCUGCCUACAGCUGCUUAAAACUUCUUUCUGGGGUUUCCUAUGAAAGAAUUUUCAUACAAUGUGAUGCUAAAGCAUCAAUUUUGGAUAUAUAAACAUCAACGUAGCAUUAGAAUAAUUUAGGUGUUGAGUAGUUUGUGUUGUAACUUGAAAUUAUUUCGAAUGGCCAAAUAGAUUUUGCAUGAAUUCUGUUUUGACAGACCCUUUUUGUUUUGGGAUCUUCAUUUUUGUCCAGCUAUUAUUGGAGCUACUAUCUAAUACUAAACAUGGGUCAAGUAUCAUCUAUAAAAAGAACAUUUCAGCUUAAUAAUGGUAUUUCAAAUUUCCUGCAUCUACAGUAAUUGCUUGCAUAAUUCUGAAUAAUUUGCAUAUUCACUAUUUUCAAAUAAAAAUCAUUGUGAAAGGAUGUGUUCAGAAAUAUUAAUUAUUUAAAGAUUGCAAAAUUUUGGAUUAAGUAAAAGGGAGAGAUUGCUGAAGUUCCCAAAAUAAAGAAUAAGACAAAAAGUUUAGAAAGGGUUAACAAUUUAACUUCCGACAACAUGGAGUGGAAAUUGAAAAGGGUGGUGAAUUCAGGACUCAAUGUGUUAAAUUUUAAUAAACAAAAAGAUACAAGGAACAUGAUCUAGUAGAUCACAAUAAGGUAGUUCAUUAGACUGGGAGAAGUGCACAGUUGCAGUAGCUCAUCAUUGCGCAAGGCAGUGGAGAAGAUUUAAAACAUGAGGAGCUUCUUUCAGUGGGAUUAAGGAAAACCCCACGAGCAGCAUGUUGGAAAUUCAAGUCGGGGGCAUAAGUGAGUGUGGUUGCUAUAACUAAGAAGGUGCUUUGAAAGCUGAAAGGUCUUAAGUUAGAUAAAUCACCUGGACCGAAUGGGUUUUGACAGAGAUAGCUGAAGAGAUUAUGGAGGCAUUAGAAAGUGAUCUUCCAUGGAACUCUAGAUUCUGAAUUGAAGCCAGAGGACUGGAAAAAUCACAAAUGUCACUUCUACUCUUUUAAAAUGGAGGGAUGCAAGAGACAGUAACUUAUAUGCCAGUUAGCCUCACUUCCACAGUUGGUAAGUUGUUAACAGCCCAUUAUUAAGGAUGAGGAGGCACUAAAUCAAUUAUGGUUUCCUUAAGAGGAUAUCUUGCCUGACAAAUCUAUUGGAAUUCUUUGAGGAAAUAACAGACAGGAUAGACAAAGGAGAGUCAGUGGAAGUGGAUUACUUGGCUUUUCUGAAGGCACGGCAUGUUACAUAGCACUAUCCAGUGCAAGUAACCUGGGUUCAGUUCCUUCACUGUCCGUCAAUAGUUUGUAGGUUCUUCCUGUGACUGCAUGGGUUUCCUCUGGGUACUCCAUUUUCCUUCUAUAUUCCAAGAAUG